AUGGCUGAGAACAAGUCAGCCUUCUCCUUGUUUUCUACCUUGACCCUCACUGGGGGUCGCAUACCCAAACCCAUCACCCUUUCCAGAGCAGAGUCGUUCCCUGCCUGUCGGUUCAAUCACACGCGUGGGAAGUUCCAGAACCGGUUGGGGGGAUGGAAGGCCGCCGACGUACCAAAGCACUGUGGCCACCUCACUCUCAAGCUCGGAGAACGUCUUGGGAGCGGUCGAUCUGGCUGGGUGUACGAGGUAGAGGCCGUUUCCAUUCACCCACCUCAGGGACGUACCGCACCUCCUAUCCUGCACGCUAAGUCUGCGCUCUGCAUCAAGAUAGCUCGACCGAACCGAUGCCGAACGCUCGCUCGGGAGGCAUGGGUGUACGAACGUCUCCCCGAACCGGAUUGGCAAGGUGUCAUAACCCCGCGAGUCUAUGGUUUCUUCACGACCACUCUGCCCCCAAAUCCUGCUGCGCAUCCGCCGUGGUAUCGACACCACUAUCAUGGAUCUUCUCUAGAGUCCGAUGAUCCCACCCGCGACGAACAGACUUCGCCUGUGCCAUCCGAUGACGAUCCCACCCGCGACGACGAUCUUCCGGACGAUGAACCCAAGGAGAGUUACGGUGAACCAGGGCCGGGCGCCCGAGAGCUUUCCGAGUGGCUUGACUGGCAUCCAAACCCCGAUGCGCCGCUGCUUUCUGUCCUGCUCAUGUCGCGAGGAGGACCGGCCUACUCCGUCGCGGAUGACGAUCAUGACACCAAGACCCUACACGACAUUGCCAUGAUUCUGGAAGAUUUGUCCUUUAGCGCUAUUUUGCACGAGGACAUCCGGCCGCCCAACCUCCUACGCGCGCCUGCAGACACACAAGAGUGUCCACGUCAUAAGUGCAUUCACCGGUGGAAUCUGGUCGAUUUCCCUUGGUCGGUAGUAGAUGAGCGAAGCCAGGAGAGGGGGAGGGAUUAA